UUACAAGAUGAAUCCUGAGGAGUGGGCCAUUUCGUAUGACGGUGGACAUCGGUGGGGGGUAUUGACUAGCAAUGAUGCAGAGUGCUUCAAUAGCGUCUUGAAAGGUGCAAGGAACUUACCUAUCUCAGCUAUGGUUGAAUUUACAUUUCGGCGGCUUGUAAACUAUUUUGACGAGAUGGGAGCCCAAGCUGAACUAGAUGUACGAAAUGAGUUCCAAUACCCUAGACAGAUGCAAAAAACUAUUGAGGAUGGCAUCGCAAGGGCAAAUACUUUCAAGUUGAUAUCAUAUAACAGGCCACGCCGCGUGUUUGAGGUGAAAACAUCUUUUCGCCAUGGACGAGGUCGCAGUACACAAAUUGUGCGGAUGAAUCAACCCACGUGCAGUUGUGGGAAAUAUGAGAUACGACACUAUCCAUGUUCUCAUAUGCUCGCUGUAAUGUCUGAAUGCGGUGACAAUCCAUUCGAGUACGUUGAUCCAGUAUAUAGGCUUCCUGUAUACAUUAGGGUUUGGGAAACUAAAUUCAAUCCAAUACCGCAUCAAGAUUAUUGGGCUGAUCCGCAGUGGACUUUAAUGCCUAAUGUACUGCGUCUGCGACAAGUGAAACGGGGUCGUGCAUCUAUGUCUCGUAUUCCAAAUGAGAUGGACAUAUCAGAUAGGCGUUUGACCUCUCGUUGCAGUGAGUGCCAACAGACAGGUCAUGACAGGCGAACAUGUCCGGCGCGACUUGGUCGAUGAAGACUAUGUAAUACUUACAUAUUGUAAUAGAUCUUUUUGUAAUUCUUUAUUUGUAAUAGAUCAUUUUCUUUUCUUUUGUAAUUCAUUAUUUGUAAACGGGGUCAUACAUUUAA